AUGCUGCGUCGCACCUCACGACAGCUGUCGGCGGUGGCGGCCGUCGGACUUGCCGUCGUAGGGGCCGGCGAUGGCACACGACAGAGAAACUCGUUGCAGCGCCUCUUGCGUGACCACGACGAAGGCGUCGCGGCGAACGCCAAGGGCACCAUCACGGUCACAAGCACCUACGAUGUGGAGAGCGCUCUCUACUACGACCAGUACAACAUGGCAGUGAUGCCGUGUGUCAGCGGCGGCCCCGCGCGACAGGCACUGCGGGCAAAGCUCAUUGAGUCUGGUGCCGUUGUUGGCGUUCGGGAGCGGCUUUUAGCGCCUUGGCAGGCGGAGGGCGAGCGGCGCGUUGUCGUGUUCGGCUGCCGCAGCGUUGCGUACCUCAGGCGGCAGCUCUUCGCUGACACAACACACUCUUUCCUCGUCGUGGACCCCUCGCUGAAGGAGUUGAUGGUGGCCGCCGCAGCUCUCACCCCGGCGUUCGCCCACCGCGUCUUCUUUCUGCGCUGCGAGUCGAUGUUUACUUGUCUGCAGGUGCUGCAGCCGGAGACGGCCGACCUGGCCGUGGUGCCAAUGCCGGUGCCCUUCUGGUCCAAGCACGGCAGCCACCGACGCCUCGUGCACUUCGAUUUCUACUGCGCGGCCCACCGUGUGCUGCGUGUCCGAGAGGGGCCCACAGACCCCCGCGGUGUUGUCCUCUUCACCGACUGUGAGCCCUACGCGGCUUUCAUGAUGGAGCACCUGGAGGAAGCGAAGUUGGUGGUGCCGUACACCCGCAAGAACCCAGCCCAGCUCUUCCAGCGGUGGCUGCCACAGGACGAGGUGAUCGAAGACGUCGAGGGGGGUGUACAGCGGCGCCGUCGCGAGUUCCCGAAGCAGCGCGACGAGGAGGUGGUCGCGCUGGCAGCCGCAAAGAGCGGCGCAACGACACCGGACGCGUGUCGGUUUCUGUCCGCCUACAACUAUUCUCGCAAGUACUACCGCGACUUUUCAGAGGAGCGAGUGCAGCAGGCAGGUGGCGGUUGA